AUGACAAAUAGCUCAGCCUUCACUUCAAGCGACAACGAACAAUACUCUACAGCAGUAGAUAAAAUGCAUAUCAAGCCUUUUUAUGAAAUACUCUGGUCUUCCAGUGACAACAUCGAGCUUGAGGACUUGGGAAACGACCCUUUUGUGGAUAAUAGUGUCUUUGAUUCGAUUGGAAUCUCCCACCUAAGACCAUCAGGGAAGGAAGGAAAGUGCAAGGAGAAAGGCAUGUGGACGUCUCUGCAUGGGGUCCGGAAUCAAAACAGAGCCUCCCCUGCACCCGUUGCGGGAAGGCAUCUCAUAGAUUUUUGGAAAGACUUCAGCAAUGGUGAGGUUUUUUCUCUUCCCACUCUUGGACCUGGAAAAAGUGACAGCAUCCAGAGGAUUUCCGUUGAUGUUGCUAAACAGGUUGUCGAAGGGAUGUAUAACAUAGAUUACUUGGUGAUCGAUUGCAGAUUCCCAUACGAGUAUCAAGGAGGACACAUAAGAAACGCGGUAAACAUAAGCUCCGCCAGGGAGUUGGGGAUCCUCUUUCGGAAGCCUAAGGUUUUAAUCUUCCACUGCGAAUUCUCAUCCAUAAGAGCCCCGAAACUUGCUCAGUAUCUUCGGAACAUGGACAGGAUGAAGAACCCAUAUCCUCUCCUGACCAUUCCUGAGGUGUAUGUCAUGGAAGGGGGAUACAGGAAGUUUUACAGCAAGUAUCCAAGCCUAUGUGAUCCAAAAGGAUACAUAACAAUGGGCAGUCUUGGCUAUAGAGAUCUGUAUAAAAAAAACAAAUUUAGAUCAAAUAAACGAUACUAA